GCCGCUCCCAGCAUACAAAUAUUUCCGCAGAACGGCAAAAUUGUGGCCAAGAAAGGCGGCAUAGUCUCGUUUGAGUGCAAAGCCAAUGGUAAUCCGGGCCCAAUUAUUCAGUGGUCGAAAAAGGAUGGCAUUCUUCCUUCAGGACUGCAAGUACAAUCUGGAUACGUGCUGAAUUUCAAUGAGGUGCGGAGACAGGACGCGGGAAUUUACCAAUGCACCGCAUCGAAUGGAAUAGGACAACCGGUUACCGGGGAAAUCAAAUUGCACGUCUUAUAUCCUCCAGAGGUAAGCGUGCUGCGCUCGUGGGUGAACUCCGGCGAAGGAUUAGAAGCGAAAUUAGACUGCAUUGUGCACGCGGAUCCGCCGGCCGAGAUGAACGUCUCUUAUCACCUUCCCGGCCAGUGGCACGACCUGUCAGUGAAACCGUCUCAAACGUACAACGCGGCCAGCUGCGAGCGGACGCAAUCGUUCCUCAUCAAAAAUCUAGAAGCCGACUCCGUGUACGAAGUCCUAGUCCAAACGAAAAAUCAACACGGCUUCGGAGAACUGUCCGAUAUGCACCAAUGGUUCACUUCGAGAAGAGGGGGGCCGUUUGUGCACAGCUCCGCGUAUAGAAAUACUGUAGUGUGUAGAGUCGCGUUUAUUUUGAUUUUUUUGUUCGCAUUUUUUCUCAUAUUAACCUCGUAAAUUAUAUUAUAAUAAAUAUAACAAUAACCCAUUCACUGUUUUUGUAUUGAUUUUACGUAUUUUGGCAAAUUUAUCGCAUUCCAUUGGUCUUACAUUAAAAUAUAUUUAAUUUAAAAUGUAGAUCCUUAAAUUCUCUACAAAAAAGGUAAAAUACAUUUUUUCGUACGUAGGACCGUUUGGGAAAUAUAGCGCUCCAAAAGAAAAAGUGAUUGGGUUCUUUUUUACGAUUUUUAUUGGUUAUAAUUUAACCGACCACCAACUAAAUCAAAAAGUUAAAUGAAAAAUAACUUUUUUUUGCUUUAUGUAUUGGUGUAUAUUUUUGCUAAAAAGCUUUUGUAAAAAGUAAUGAGCAAUAAAUUUAUCUUAAUAAUAAGUACUCUACUUUUUAUGCCUAAAUAACAAUCAUAUUUCAAUUACAUUUUUAAAACUUAACUUCAAAUUUUAUUCUGGCAAAAAAUUUAGAAUGCUCAUAUUAUACACAAUUGAGUUUAAAAUCUUGAUAUUUAACAAAAUAAUGUAUUGAAGUUUUGUGUUUCCAUAAAAAUUUUACUUAAAUUAAAAAUGUCCAUUAAAUAUAGGUAUUCAGUUAAAAUAUUAUAUCGACCACUUUUGACCCUGACUCCUUUUGAGUUGGCUGAUUUUUUUUUAUCUUUUUCUUCCCUAUAAUUUUUUUUUCCAACAAAAAAAUCUUGGCGAGACGUUUUUUUUAAUUUCUUGUUAACGUACUAUCAGAAAAAUAUUGAAAAGUUAUUAAGACCGAUCUUCAAUUUUUUUUUUAAUUAAAAACAACGAAAACUUAAUUUUUUUAGAAACUGAACGCGCGAAUUUUCUGAAAUUUUCAAUAAUUUUUUUUCAAUUAAAAAAAAUUAACUCAUUUCUCAUAAUACCACAGUUUGAAAAAAUAAUACCAAUUGAAAUUGAAAUGUUUGUCCCAAAUAACAUUUUUUAUUAAUUUUCUUUGUUUUUAAAUGUAAUUUUAAAAUAACAUAUAUUAUAAUAAUAUAAUGUAUAUACAGUGUUGGCCAUAAUUUUUGCAACCACUGUAAAAAAAUCUAACUCUAAAACGCCUUUAUUAUUCUUUAUGAAAUUUUGGAUUAAAAUAUAUCUCAGUUUACGUGUUCUAGGGUUUUUCGAGAAAUUUUUUUUAAAGCCCUUUAUUUAAUAAUGAAAAAACGUUCGAAAAAUAACUUUUAAGGAAAAUUUUUUUUUUAAUAAAUAUAAAUAUGCUUAAAGUCCGUAUUUUUGUUAAUAUACCCUGAAAAUUUUGUACAAAUUAAACGAAAAGUAACGAAGCGCUUCAAAGUCGGUAAAAAUGGCCCCUUUUUGAUUAUUUUGAUGAAAAGUGGUCAUUUUUGACGACUUCGAAUCUUUGUUCCUGUUCAUUUGAGUUGUACAAAAUUUUCAGAGUAUACUAACAAAAAUACGAUCUUAUUACUUACUUAAAAAAAUUCCCUAAAAGUUAUUUUUCGAACGUUUUUUCAUUAUUAAAUAAAAGGGCUUUAAAAAUAUUUUCUCGAAAAACCCUCCAACACGUAAACUGAGAUAGGUAUAAGUAUUUUUAUCCAAAAUAUCAUAAAGAAUAAUAAUGGCGUUUUAGAGUUACAUUUUUUUUACAGUGGUUGCAAAAUUUAUGGCCAACACUAUACAUUAAAAAAUUAUUCAGAACAAUCUUCUAUUAUUUUUCUAACGUUUUCAAAAAACAUUGAAAUUUGGUUCGAUGAUUACCACAAUUUCAUUUAUUUUUAUUUUUUCAAACUUUGAGGUUCUCUCAACAUCUUCAAAAAUCUCCAGAUUGCUAUAAUAAAAAAUUAUCCGAGUAAAAAAAAUUGAAAACACCAAUUUGCAAAUGACAAGUUUAAAAAAAAAGAAAAGAAAAAUAUCGAGAAAUUUUCGUUUUUUCCGAAAAAAAAACGUUGAAGAUUGGUCUGAAUAACUUUUUCUAUAUUUUUCUAAAAAGUACAUUUAAAAACAAAUAUUUUGAAAAGAAAUACGAAAGUCAAUUUUUAAAAAAGUUAUAGAAAUUUUAAAAAUAAAGAUCCAUUUUCUGAAAAACUUUUGGUUGGGUAAAAAAAUUCUUUAAAAUGUUUAAAAAAAGUUUCACCCAAUUUGGGGUUAUAUAUUUUAACUGAUAACCAAGUAUUUCAAACCAAGUAUUUCACCCUAAAGUCUUAAUUACUAAAAUUAUUUUAGCAAAACUCUGUUUUACCAAAAAAGGUACUUAUUGACUGAUAUUUAAAUAUUUGCGAUAAAAUUAAAAAUAAUUGUAUGUGUUAGGUGCCAUAUUUUUGUAUACCUCAUUUCCCUAGUUUUUAUAAAAAGCACUGUUUUGUACACUUAAAACAUUCCAAAGUAUGUUAGUUUGAGAGAUUUGUCUAAAAUAAUAGAUUUUAUUGUUUUUAAAAGUUUUAUGAAUAAAAAGUUAAAAAUAUAUAAAAUUAUAACGUCCUUAAAUGAAACCAAUAAUUUUU